CAUGUGGGAACAUGUGGCGAAUUAUGCGGCAAGAAAUGCUAAGAGUUUACCUUUAAUUUUUAGCGCUUUAGCGCGAUUGAAUCGCUACAAGAAAUCCUAACUUUGUUUUCUUAAAUCUGCGAGAGAAGAUUUUUAAUCGGAAGAAAUACGCAUUUGGUGGGAUUUAUCUGGCUUCCUGCUGCAUUGUCUCGCCUUUCAACAGUGUCAAAUUGUGUCAACUUCAAGAGAAAAGCGAGGAUUGCACGACAGGAAACCGUUUUGCGCGAACGGAAACCUUCUGUUGACAUCAAUCAAACGACAGUUUUUAAAAACCAAUCAGACAGUGCGUUAUCAAUACCAUCUGGUUGAUACAUUGGCGGUUACGACAAGCUCAAAGGACGGCGUGAAUUCCAGUGGUUAAAGAAGACUGGUUAAAGGCAUCACGGUGUAGAAGAUUUGACGACCCUUUUGGGACUUAACUUCUGGAAUAUUGUGAGUGGAACUAGCACGAGGAGUUUAGUAAUCUGUUAAGCUACAAAUUUGGUGUUCUUCUAGUGGAUCAAUCAAUGUAAGAUCUGCUGAGAAGCUUACAACUGAAAGUGGCUCUGCUCUCGUAUCCGGCUCAACCUCACAGCUUGCUCUAAGUUUUCGUAGCGUUGAUAUGGCUACAGAAGACCUAAGAAUCAAUAUCAAAGAGCUUCAGUGUGACAGACAGCGACUUUCAGGAUUAGUUUUCGAACCUCUUCAAGCUAUCAAGGAUUUUGUGGCCCGAAACUUAAGGUUGGACGAAGUAGAUCACAUAGUCUCACUUCUUCGCAACGCUAUUCGUAGUGACACGUUGAGAACCGUCACGGACGGCGAAGCUCUGAUCGCUGUUCUCAAUUUGUAUUACGGAAAAGAUAAUCUACGAGUUGUGCUGCGCCUUUUGCAGAAGAUAAAUUGUCACGAUCUCCUCCAAGUAGUCAGUGAUUGGGAUAGUAGCAAUAACCCGGUGCAUCCACGAGUUUUCCAAGAGUGUGGCUACUUUCCAUUAUGGAUUAGGAUCAGAAACCAUUUUGCAUGGUUCUCUGAGAACAAAAAGACAAUUUUGCAGAAGAUCAGAAGACUUUUCCAAAUCCCUGAGAUUGCUCAAGGUGACCCUGGCUGGGAAACAGUUAUAUACAUGGGAGUUUCAUUUGGUGCAUCAGAUCUUCUGGUCUAUGUAUUGGUGCCUGAGUGUUCUCGUAAACAUGUACGUUCCUCUCUUGGAAGAACUGAUGUGUGUCUCACUAUGCAGCAGUUAAGCAUAAUUGGAAUUUACUUUGGACGGAAGACUAGAAGAAAUGGUUAUGGUGAUGACCUUUCCCUUACCAGCUUUACAUCCAUGAAUGAGUCCUUCCAAGGUGACCUUAUUCAAAACCAUGAAGAUCAGCAGAUUUCAAAUCACUCCAAAGCUACAGGUGAAAUAAAGAAUGGAUGCUAUAAUGGUAAACAGGAACAAAAUCAGAGCAGUUUGGGUAGCCCAAAUUUUUCACAAUCAGUUCUAUCACCAGAAAGAGGGAAUGCAAAAGUUGUGCUAGCAAACAUGGGUUACAUUGAUACUGCAGCUCCUGAAGACAGAACAGACUUGCCCAUCAGGGUAGUGCGGCCAAAAAUAAUGUACAUUCACCACAAUGUCCAGGCUGCCAUGGAUGUGGAAGAUUCACCAAUGAAUGUUAAAGCCAUACCUGAUAAAGUACAUUGUGUACAUGAUCAGAGCAUUGUAAAAGAAAGACCAAACAUAAUUGGCGACAAUCCACAGAGGUUUAAGGAUGACACACUGUCUCAGAGGUCAUCUCCAGUUCAAUUGGAUCGGCAUCAUUGGAAAAAAUAUAGAGAGCCAAUUCUGGCAAAUGAACGUUUGAUUGUACCAGAAGUCAAGCAGAGUAAAGAGCUACAGUCUUGGAGCAUUCCUGAUGAGCUAUUCUCCACAACUCAAGACAACACCACCAGUGACAGUCAUGGAGAUUGGUCACUUAACAUUUCCUUGAAAAAUGAGAAUGGCCAGAAGUUGGAAGACAAUGAAAGAGCUGAGAGCAGUAAAAAGAGAACAUCUGUUGUAGACUUUUCUUUUGAAGACAGUUAUGUUAAUGGGGAGAGAAGCUGGUACUCUCAAAGUCCAUCUAAAAAAUCACACACUGGAACAGCAGCUGUGAAUUAUGGCAACAUGGCGGCAAAAUCAGAGGUGAUUCCAUUAGAAAGAACAACUUCCAAAUUAGAAAACACUAAAAAAUUCACUUCAACAGCAACAUUCCAAGUCAGUGGAAGGCAUGGACAUAAAAAUUUCCAGAAAGAACCUGUGGGUUUUCUGAAUGGCAAAAUUUAUAAGACAGAAGCCGUGCCAUCCUUUAAUAUGAGCCAAUCAGAUUUUGAUGAUAGGAGAGUGGUGACUAAAAGUAACCAGAGGAUUCAAAGGCAAUCGGAGCCUGGUUCCACCUGGUAUGAGGAUGCAGUUUUAGAGGACUCCUUAUACAGAUCAAUGAUUCCUGAACCAGAACCGGAAGACACACGGCAAUUUUAUCUUGAUGAAGAUUGCUAUCAAGGUAACAUGAAACCACAGGAAGAGACUGCUACUCCAAUAAUUUACUCUGCAAGGACUACAGAUGGAAGAGCUCACACCCCAAUAUACUCCCCUCCAGAAAGUUUUCGUGAUGCCCCUGUAAGUGGAAAGCUGGUGAUGGUGAAAACUACACUUGUUGAUCAACCAAGGCAUCAGCCAUCCAUAGUCUCAAGGGGGCAUGACAAUAUGGUUCAACAUGAUAGGGAAGACUCACAGAGAGACACUGAGAUUCAAAGGGAGUUUCCCAAAGCAACUGGCUUCACAUCUGAUGGUUUCUAUAAGCCUUCAGAUCAUAGCUCCAGAGAAUACAAUCAAUAUAAUGAUUAUAGACCUAAGAACUUACAUGAACAUUCACAACAGUUUUUAGCUCUGAAGGCAGAGAGUGAAGUGUUGUCAGAUUAUGAUGACAGUGUGUUUACUGAUCAUGAAUAUCGAGAUGACACAAGUGGAAGAUUUGCUGUGGUGCCCCCUCCCUAUGUACCUCCACCAGAAUACAAAAAGAUUUUAAGAAAGUUGGAUGGAAAAUCAAAUGACGAUUCUAUCAGCACUGAUACACAUAGUUCAGAUCAUGUUCACAAGAGUCCUCUCCUGUCAGCUGCAAGCAUAAGUUCAAUAUACAAAGAGAAAGAAAUGUUUCUCAGCAGAGAAGAAUUACAGAUGAGUAUAAAGGGGGCUGAGGAUAAAGAAGUAGAAAAACAGAUGGAACUUUGUAAAGAUCUCAUGGUUGCUGCCAAAGCAGGGGAUGAGGACGAGGCUAAGAGAACCAUUGACGAAGGAGUUGAUAUGAAUUAUCAAAAUGAGUUUGGUCAGUCUGCAAUGAUGGUUGCCAGCUGGGAGGGGCAUCUUGGAAUCGUAGAAGCCUUGCUAAACGAUGGCGCUGAUCCUAAUUUACAAGACGGGUAUGGUAAGACAGCUCUGCACGAGGCGGCCAUCAGUGGACAACAUGCUAUUGUUCACCGUCUCAUCCCUGGUGGAGCGAACGUCAAUCUGGCUGAUGAGGAAAAAAGAACCCCUCUCCAUUAUGCCGCCAUGAGAGGCAAGAGACGAAUAGUAGAGGUUCUGUUGCUGUUUGGUGCGAAUGUUUCGCUUCUCACAAAGGACGGGGAAUCUGCAAUUGAAUUGGCGUAUUGGUACCGCCAUGACGAUAUUGUAGCCUUGUUGCAGUCCACUGGCGACAAAAGAACCCGUAGAGAAAUGGACAGUCUGAUACGAAAACAGAAGAUCCGCUCUGCAGCAUCUUUACCAAACUUGUCCAAGGCGUCAUCGAUGAAAGAACUCUCCCGAGCCAGGAGCCGUCCUGAUCUGCGCAAAAAGAAAUCUGUUUGCCCCAUCCAGUAAACUCGCAUAACAGCCGUUUACCGCAUGGCUAGACCGUGAUUUUUAGCUGGGAUCGAAGCUCCAGUGUUCGUUAGGUUUUCUCAAAUCUUACGCUUCUAGAUCUGGAAGAAAUUGUUUCAAUUCCAACAAAAUUUGGGGGCAACGAGUUUAAUUUACACUUACGAUGUGAUACAUACAUUUUUUUUAUUUUCAUCGUACCACUGGUUACAUGUUUGUAUAGGUAUGGGUUCUUACAGAGCUAUUCUCGAACAAGGGUGUGAAUUGUAACUAAGGGAAAUUCACCAUCGAUUUAGCGCAGUAAAUAGUUUUUUACAAUGUUUUACGAAGCAGAUGGCUCUUUUUAAGGAAUUUUGAAUGUGUUAGAGUUUGUUUCACGUAUUUUUACAGAUUUUAAAUCAAUUUAUGAGAUAGUUCUAGGUAUCUGAUAGUUUUAUAACCGUGGGCUAAAGUUAACACUUUUGUAUUGGAUAGAUUUAAAAUUCUGUAAGGUUGUCUAUGAUCAUUUUAUGUAGAUUUGUAAUUUUCUGAGGUUUUUCUGAAUAUUUUUCUGUAAAUUGGAAACGGGUCAGUUAUAAAGCUAAUUAAAAUGAUUUCCUGAUUGA